GACACCCGUAUCUGUACGGACACAAAGCCCGAGUUCAUCAGCACCCGUAACAGUCGCUACCAAACGCUAGACUGUACGGCACGUCUCUGUACGGACAGCCCAGACAAUGGCCAGGGAUGGGCGCCGACGUACCAGCCCUUCAAUAACCCAGUAUUCGAGUGGAACUGCCAGUUGGGACACAUCCAGGCCUCGAACGGCACCUGCGAUUACGACCGUCACAUGUGUUGGCACUCUGUGGACAUUGAUUUGCAUUAUUUUCAGCACAGAAUGCGCGACAAUGACAUCCAGGAGCUGCGAGUGUCGUGCGCUGUGAGCGAUGCCUUUCUCACACCCGAUGGCAGCCACGAAGAUCUACUACUGGCCACUGGUGUCGGCUUUACUUAUAUCAAGAGUUUUGAGGGCAAAGGACUGGACGAACAGUGCUCGACGGACACCGACUGUCGGGACAACAUGUUCUGCCUGUUGGGCGCCGACCAGUCGACAGCGCAGACCUACUGCCAGUGCCGUAUGGACUACGCUAUGGGCGUAGCGUUUGUCCGAGUGCUGGACAACCAAUACCAGGAGUGGUCGUGCGCUCCGCCGCUACUACUCAACGAGUCGUGUCUAUACGACGCCCAGUGCUCGGCCACCGAUCCCUCAGCCGUAUGCCAACCAUCAGUCGACGGGGACGGCAUAUCCCGGUGCCGGUGCGGCGCCGAUACGGCCGACAUUGCCGGCCGCUGUCAGCCUAUCCAGCGCUCGGCGGAGGACACGGCACUGGAUAACGACAGUCAGUCCCGCACUCCGGCCAUUAUAUGGUGGAUAUUCACCGACGAGUAUCAGCCACUGGAUGGGGGCGUCAAUAGCCGUGGCUACUUUUGGUUACGAUGGGCCGCGUAUUUGAUCGCAUGCUUGGCCAUAGUGUUGCCCCUGUUGUUGCUAAUAAUUGCCACCAUGAUGCUUUGCCACCGGCGAGCGCUGGCCAGGCGCGCGGCAGCCCUGAGCAGUUAUGGCUCGGGUGGAGGUGGUAUGGGUGGAAGUAUUAGGUUCCCGGCGCCCAAACUUGUCUUAUCCGACUUGAAGCCUAAGAAAUGUACCAAGGAUGAUAAGUAUAACCUCGUUGAAAAUGAUCAGUUGGGUUUGGAGUAUAAGAAUGGCCAGACUGUGGCCUAAUUGGGUAU